AUGUUCAGUGUCUUGUACCCGCUGUUAUUAACGGCUUGUACCAUUGGCAACGUACUGAACUUGGUUUUGUUGAUUUCCACCAAACGCCAGAAGACCACGAAUGCGUACAUGAUCGCUGUAGCCAUUGCCGAUAUAAUUGUACUCAGUUGGACAUUCUUUCCACCCUAUCUGUGGAACACCAGCGCCACCCUCCACCUUCCGUACAAGAACAGGCACAAUUGGGCUAUUGUGUCAGCAGCGCUGCCGUACACAAUAUGGAUCCAAGAAACUUUCAUUCAGAUGUGUGACUGGGUGUUAACUGCAUUUUCCCUGGAACGCUUACUGGCCAUCGCACGACCAUUCACCUUUAAAUGGGUUCAGCGUGCCACCACCGCGCGGAUUGUCAUCAUAGUGCUGCUGCUGUUCUCCAUAGUAUUUAAUUCUGGCAACUUCCUCCGUGAAUGGUAUUUGUGGCGCUACACUCUGACAAUCGGGACGCUGCCGGCUUGGUUGAAGGACUGGACGAAGGCACAAGACGCCGCAGAGGUAGUUGUGUCUUUUCUGAAGUUCUUCGGGCUUCUGUGCAUUAACGUGCUGGUUAUCGGCGCUCUCAACCGCCAACAACGUUCUGACAUCGGUCAACAGCGUUCAGCCCAAGCAGUGACAUCUCUUAGGCGUUCUAAAAGUAGCAACCAUUUGCUGCUGGGCAGUGUGGCCUUAUACCUGACCACUUUGCUCCCCAGCAUGGUGUACAAAUUCCUAGAAAUGGCCGACACAUACAAGGUCUACAACUUUGACCCUUCGGCCAAGCUGUUCGCGACGCCGUUCUGCGACGUGACUAUGCUGACCAAUUACUCCGUCAAUUUUUUCCUGUACUUGACCGUCAGCGAGAAUUACCGAGUGCAGUUCAUGCGGCUGUUUGGGGAGUGCUGUGCCCGACGUGGUUGA